AUGGCAUACCCUGGCGACACCACGUAUCAUGCCGAUUCAGACGCCGACGACGAGUAUGAGAGAAGCGUCAUGACUUCCCCAACCCAAGUACAUACAUACACAGACUCUGAGACCUCCUCCGAGCCGGCCUCCAACGAACACACCCCUACCACUUUCGACAACUCUGGAGAAGACUCUGGUUUACCGAGAACGAUCAUCACGGAAUGGACGCCGGAAGAAUGCGCACAAUUUGUUUCGAGUCUGAACCUGCGGCAGUAUUGCCAGGCCUUUCUAGAACAUGGCAUCGAAGGCGAAGCACUGGUCGCGUUGAAACACGAUGAGCUGAAAGAGAUGGGCAUUGCCAGUGUGGGACACAGGUUGACGAUACUGAAAAACGUCUACGAUAUGAAAGUGAAUCAGGACAUUCCCAUCGAACCUGAUGACUAUGUUCCACCAACUGCCGAGCAGAACCCUCAGCAUGAAAUGGCAACCAAAGAAGACAUCACACGACUGGCACGAGCCAUGAUGCGGUUGCGAGACGAGCGAAUCCUACAGGCCGAGGCGCAGUUAACCCGGUUAGCAGACGACUACCGCAAGCUGCGACAGGAACUUCUACCAGUCUUCAAGAUGGCCAAAGAGAGAUCCGAGCCUUUACCAUACGCCCCCUACCAGAAUUCCGUCAUGAGUCCGGAUAUGUAUCAACAGGACGUCGUUUCUCCUCCAGUCAUACCGCAGACGGUCCUCCCUGAGAAGACAAGUCUUACUAGGACGUUUUCCAAAAAGCUGGGCCUAAGCUCAACACCCAAGAACAAUUCUCCAACGCAUAUACCGAACACCAUACACGAGGGUAGGACACUUGCAGACAACAGUUCGCUGGAUCCUUCAGCAGCAGCUAGCCUGGCUUCGAAUUCGCUAACAGCCUCGAUGUCAGGUGGUGUAUUACCGCAUCCUUCUCCUGGUAUUCCUUCUCCGACCUCCCCUCUACCUUACCAACACCCACCCUUGGCUCCUCGAUCGUAUCAGCGAGAAGGGAGCAGUGCCAUCCCGCGCUACGACGGCAUGGACGAGACGACUAUGCGAACAAAUUCAUUGUCUGGUGACCGAGAACCUCCCACUUCAGCGAAAUCCGCUUCCGCGAAAAUCAACCCGAGCAACUCCACGAUAUCAAAUGCAUCUACACUCAUACCGUCACGAGAACAGUCCGCCUCUGUCCCACCGCAGCUACCGUCAAGUGCUGCUGGGGGACACACUUCGGGAGAAGCCCCAUCCGUCGAGAUCUUCAAGUCAUUCCGCGUGGGCCUUGAGGAUCCUUGUUACAAAGUCCUCCCAGCUGCCUUGCGUAAAUACAACAUACAAGCUGACUGGAGACAAUAUGCUUUGUACAUUGUCUAUGGUGAUCAGGAACGGUGCGUCGGACUUGACGAGAAGCCGUUGGCCUUGUUCAAGGACUUGGACAGGGAAGGCAAGAAACCAAUGUUCAUGCUGCGGAAACUGGCCAACCCGAUUGGCGGCGAUAUGGGUAGUGCCGCCGGAGGGGUCAAGCCUGUUGGGUCGGGUGGUGGUGCAAGUCUCUCGGGCUCUGCGAGUGUGAGAACAAUGCCGACACAGAAUCUACCUGGUGGCGUUCUUUAA